AUGGCCCCUAAAAAGGCCCGUGACUUUAGCUUCCUCCUGAAGGAGGAGCGCCCCAUCAUUAACGAGGCUAACCAGCAAGAGCCCGAGGAGCCGUCGGCGGAGGCGCAAGCACAAGCAGCAGAGACGGCUGACAUGGCCGCCAUGAUGGGGUUUGCCGCCUUUGGAACCGUGACUGAAUCGCGGGAGGUGCGCGAAAAGCGUGAAUCCGAGCUUCUCGCACAACGCAAGCGCGCCGACCCCAUGGCUUUUGCUGCGAAGCCGACCUCGACCGGGGCCGCUGGUUCAGGGCAAUCGACUUCGGGCCAGCGGCCCAGCAGGCAGGAGCGCGGUGGCAGUGAAGACGAAGGCGGCGAUGAUGAUGAAGAUGACGCUGAUCAUGAUUCUGAAGCUAGCCGCCAGCCUCAGACGGCUUUUGAAGAGGAUCAAGAAACCACGCUGGGCGUGCCCAUCUCUCACGAGAUUGUUUUACAACACGGGAGUCGCCCCGUUUCUGCCCUGGCAUUGGAACCCAACGGUGCACGGCUGGUUUCAGGGGGCUACGAUUAUCAACUCAAGUUUUGGGACUUUGCUGGCAUGGAUGCGGCUUUGGCACCUUUUCGACAGAUUUUGCCACACGAGGGCUUGCUCAUGAUGAAAAUGAAUCGCUCUCGCUUGCCAACUCGUCCCGUGCUGGUUCUUGCGUAUGUAUGUAUGUGUGUGUGUGUGUGUGUGUGUGUGUGUGUGUGUGUGUGUGUGUGUGUGUGUGUGUGUGUGUGUGUGUGUGUGUGUGUGUGUGUACUGGUCUGCACGGGCCGACCCCAGGUCAAAGUCAUUGACCGCGAUGGUAGCGAAAUUCUUGAAACCGCUCGCGGCGACAUGUACAUCUUCGAUAGCGCCAAGACAUAUGAUCUUGUACUCAUUCUGAAAAUGCCAUCCUCAGGCCACGUUGGCCUGGUCAACGCAGGGUUGUGGCAUCCGACAGAGCGCGAUCGAUUUGUGACAGCCAGCUCAGACAGCACCGUGCGCAUCUGGGACAUUUCUAACAAAAAGUCACUCCUUGCCGCCAAGUGUCGUUCGCGAGCUGGCAAGCGUACGGGUGUCAACUGCAUCGUUAUGACGCGUGAUGGGCGGUAUCUAGUGGCAGGCUGUGAGGAUGGCGCGAUUCACGUUUUCGUGUGCUCCAAAACCAUGAUCCGACCCAAGACCCAGGUGUUCGAUGCCCACGAAGGCGAAGUGACUAGUCUUUGCCUUGCUCGUGAUGGUGAUACACUCUACUCGCGAAGCACUGACGGCACUGUGAAGCGAUGGAGCUUAAAGGCCCUGCGCCGCUCCGAGGCCACACGUGGUGAACUGCCGUGCUUUUACAACUGCACCGACAUUGUUCUCAGCCCCGAUGAGCGGUUUGUGCUGACUGGUACCUCGGGCAGCGACACCUUCCGUGGCGCCUUGGUCAUCUUGCGUGCCAAGACGCUGGAGCCUGCAUAUCAGGUUUCUGUGCCAAGUCGCGGCGUCUUGCGCAUUCUUUGGCAUCUCAAGAUCAACCAAAUCAUGGUGGCAUGUGCGGACGGCACUGUCAAAGUUCUCUUCGACCCCGUCAAGAGCGAUCGUGGUGCCAAGAUGUGCGCUACGCGCGCACCGCGCAAGAAGGAUCCCUUGGACAUGGAAUUUGGCAACCUCAACUCGGCUGCGCUAAACCCUUAUACGAUGGACGAAAUGCGCGAGGGCCGCUGGCAAGACAAGCAGUUUGCGGCCGCACGCAAAGCCAAGCAGCUCAAAGACCCCAAGGCAGCCCGUAUCCCCGAGCGACCGGUGCAGCCUACACGCAAUGUGGGCGUGGGUGGACGUACUCUGGGCUACUCGAGCUCCAUCUCCCAGCUUGUGGCCAAACGUGCUGCCUACGAUCCAACACGCGAUCAAGACCCGCGCGAGGCAUUGCUCAAGUAUGCCGAAAAAGCCGAGGCCGAGCCCUUUUUCGUCUCCAAGGCCUAUGAAAAGACCCAGCCAGAGGCCAUUUACAACUUUGAAGAGCCAGCUCCGCAAGACGAUCAGGAUCCGCAGGAGAAGAAGCCCAAGUAUGAUCCCGAGUACAAGAAGAAGCAAUAUGUUGGGACCACCAGCGUCAGCACCGACUACUGA